GGACGGCCGGGCCGAGGUUUUUACUCCACCCUGAAGAUAAACCACCGGGGGCCAACUUUUUUUUCCAAACUGGGGGACAAAAAAACUCUGAUUUACUCGAGUUUGUUCAAGCUGCAAGAAUUCUGAUUUGUUGGUGAGCUUGGUGGAGGAGAAUGAUUCUCACGGACUGGGAUGGGAUUUAUUUUUUCUCAUAAGAUUUGCUAACAUUUGUUGGACAAUGUUGAGUUAAACUAAUAAGUUGUGGCAAAAUAAAAGUUUUUUUUUUUUAAUUUGGGUCAUUUCCACCCAUAUAAUUCUAGAAGGAUUUAUGUUUGUGGGACUCCACGCCGGGAUGCUGGUUGUAGUUGCAGCCCUGCUGUGCUCCGCGGUGCGCAGCCAGGAAGCCACAGGUGGCCGCUUCGUGUGCAACGCCAUCCCCCCGGGCGCAGAGCCCGGCUGCGGCUACGGUCCCACCGGGAACCGCGUUCAGAGCAGCAGCAUCGGACCCGUGGAGGACGAGCUGCGCAACACGAUCCUGCAGCUCCGGGAGACCAUCCUGCAGCAGAAGGAGACCAUCGUGAGCCAACAGGGGACCAUCAAGGAGCUGAACUCCAAGCUGGCGCGCUGCGAGGCGGCGGCCGACGAGACGGCGCACGCCAAGUCCCGGGGUCAGGGAUCCAGGCGGAAGGAGUACGGCAAGAACACCAUGGGGGACCUGCCCCGGGACCCCGGCGAGACCAUAGACCAGCUGGGCAAAACCAUGCAGAGCCUCAAGGGUCGGCUGGAGAACCUAGAGCAGCAGAGUCUGCGUCUCCCCGGCAGCACCAACGUGUCAGCAGGAGGAGUCUCGGCCCUGACUCCCCUGCCACCGGAGCUCCGCGAGCUGCUGCGGCAGCGUUUGGGGGCGCUUGAAACGCAGCUCCUCCGGAAGGUGGCUGAGCUGGAGGAGGAGAAGAGCCAGCUCUACAACGAGACGGCGGCCCACCGCCAACGCACCGAGAGCGCUCUCAAUUCCCUCAUGGAGAGGAUCACGGAGCUGGAGAAAAGUAAUAAUGCCUUUAAGUCACCAGAGGACUUCAAGGUGUCCCUCCCUCUUCGCACCAACUAUCUGUACGGACGCAUCAAGAAGAGCCUCCCGGAGAUGUACGCCUUCACCGUCUGCAUGUGGCUCAAGUCCAGCGCCAGCCCAGGCAUAGGAACCCCGUUUUCUUAUGGCGUGCCGGGCCAGGCCAAUGAGAUCGUUCUCAUCGAGUGGGGGAAUAAUCCCAUUGAGCUGCUAGUCAACGACAAGGUGGCCCAGCUCCCUCUGGCCGUGAGUGACGGUCGCUGGCACCACAUCUGCAUCACCUGGACGACCAGAGAUGGCUUCUGGGAGGCUUACCAGGACGGCGAGCGCCUCGGCACCGGAGACAACCUGGCCCCCUGGCACCCAAUUAAACCGGGAGGGGUGAUCAUCCUGGGCCAGGAACAGGACAUCGUCGGAGGCCGAUUCGACGCAACCCAAGCCUUCGUUGGCGAGCUGAGCCAGUUCAACAUGUGGGACCGAGUUCUGCGGCCCGUGGACAUCGUGGGCCUGGCGAACUGCUCGGCCUACAUGCCCGGAAAUGUGGUCCCGUGGAUUGAUGCGAACGUGGAAGUGUUUGGAGGCGCGACUAAAGCUGCUUUGGAAAUCUGUGAAGAUCGUGCUUUUGACUCCUAGGUGGGGGUGCGGGUGUGACAAAAACAGAACCUGAGCACGGCCACAGGGAUCUGGAAGCUGAGUACCCUUACUGCUGCUUUUGUCAAAUCCUAACAGCAAAGGUGGAAGUGCUCUAAGUCUGGGCGUUUAUUGGAUUUACAAAUUCACAUCUUAUAUAGUUUGAAUGCUGAGGACACUCCAGGAGACUUCAAAUCAUCAGAGGAAGAACGCUGGUGCACCUGUCUGCUGCAAUGAUCAGACCUGCUGUCGUUUUGUCUUUUUUUGUUGUUGUUGUUCUUUUAGUAGCUCACCUGUCAUUUGACUUCUCUUUGAAAAAUAUUUCUUGUCGGUUGCAUUCCUUACUUUGACAAUGCUGCUCUGUUUUCCUUGUUAGUGUGAGCUCAAACAGGCUUUGAUGUGCUGGGGGAACGGCGGUUGAGCGCCACACGCUGUAGCAUUGUCGUAAGACGGAACGCACGCGCCUGAGUUUGAAACGGACUCGAGCGGGUCUCCCUGCUGAUCGUUCCAAGGCAUCAAAACAUGCGAAGGUUGUCUGGAUGUGACGCAUGAGCUUGAGCAGUGCCUGUUUUUUCUGUCAUCAAGCUGCGCUGCGUCGAACCAAGCCAAUGCAGCGCGCUGACAACAUUACAUAAGGCCACGUGUGUGCUUCUGUCUUGGCUUGUUUUUUGUGUACAAAACCCAGAGAUUAAGACAGGAAUGUUUUUUUAUUAUUAUUAUUCUUUUAAAUCGAUGUCUAAUACCUCAUUGCCCCUUGAGCAGCUGCCACUUCCCAAACAGCUGUAUGGACGGGCAGGCUUCGCUCGGGUUAAUAUCGGUGUCGGACAGAUGCCCGGCGUUGGUGAAUCCACGCCAGCUGAGUGCUCUGUGAGGGGCGGGGAGCUCAGUCUGACCCUCAAGGACGAACUGUAAGUCCUCCCGUGGGCUGCAAUUAUCCAUGUUUAUGAAUGAGUGUGGCAACGAGUGGCUCUGAUCUUCUGGCGUUUCUCCAAGGGUGUCAUCRUGGAUAAAAUGUAGAGAUGUAGAGGCAGCACUCUGUAGACAUAAUGAAUGUUGGAGACGGAGUUGGGUCUUAAAAGGAUGAAUCAGUUCGUCUGAAGCAGGGGUUCUGUGGGAAAAGUUAUAAACUAUUAAUUUCUCACCUGUUGUGGAUCGCCUUUCAAAGAAAAACCCCUAAAUUUAGAGAAAUAGUUUCUUUCUGACAAGACUGACAAACUGUAGUUCAUGUAGGGCUAAGACCAAAGUGGACUCCUGCCCUGAAGCCUUUACAUUGAUAAAAAUUUCACAUUACUCUGUUAUUCUAGUAUAAAUAUUAUACUAUUCCUACCAGAGCUGCCCUAGGCUGCACUGGAAGUGCUACUAUUGUUACACUUGCAAACACUAAGAGAAUUCUAUGUAAAUAUAGCUAUGUAAUAAUAAAUUGAUGGUGCUGUCAGGGCUUAGAAACCUGAACUUAUUGGUCUUACUUGGAUUAUUUCAUCAGUCCACCCAGAAUGCAUAAAUCCUGACACACAUGCACCUACAGGACUGGGUCAAAGGUCCAUCAAAGACAUGCUCAGCUCAGCUGAUAUUGAGCAUGAUGAUGUUUUGAGAAAAGCAGCCAUUAUUAGCUGUCUUGUUUGUUUCUUAGUUAAUAUUUUUGCAAUGUUUGGCCACAAUUGAUAGACAGUCUGGUUCUCGUCUCGCUUACUUCAUUGCUUCACAUCUUUGUUGAUUCAUUAAGUGCAUUUGUAAAACCUAAAAUGGACAUUGUAAAAACACAGUUUGUGCAAAAACAAACUAUUGGUUCGCUCCCCAGUCAACUUUAACAGAGGACCAAGCAUCCUAAAAUGUUUAAAGGGGACAUAUCAUGCAAAAUCAAUUUUUUAACCAUUAAAUGUCUUUGGUUGUGUACUU